AUGUUCACGCGACAAAUCAUAAAUAAAUAUUCUCUUUCCUCGGAUCUGUUGGACUACCGUCGCCUCGAUCGAGUCGAUCGAGAAUACGAGCCCAUCGUUCCAAGAACACCUCCAUACCCGUCUCUCAGAGACGAGAAAAGAAGAUUUCAAAGCGGAUUAUUGGCGCCCGCUAAAGACGACGUCGCCAAACAUCGACCAACCAGUGGGAGACUUGGUCAGCACGCAGGGUUCAAGGCUGGUCGAUUAAUUGCUCUUCCUUAUACAUUCAUCUUCGGGGACCUCGAUCCCUCUCUCGUUUCAUUAGAAUUAUUACGCGAGCCGACAAGCUCUGAUUACGGUAGUAUCCAAUCGGGUUUCGUUUCAAGGCUAAUAUUACAAGCAAUAACAGAUCGACUUCCGAGUUUGUAA